AUGGCUACUAUGACUCUUGCUCCUCGUCCGUCAUCUGGCACUAAGGGCGAGAAGUUCCUUGCAGUUACAAACUGCUUUAGAAUCUCCGUUUUGCGCAUGCCAGCUUUCCACCAUUAUCAUGUCGGAGCUUCGAACGAGCGAGAGAUAAAAAACAUCACUCGCCGUAGGGAUAUAAUCAAAAAGCUUUAUAUCCAUGACCGCCCAGAUGCGUUCCAGCCCGGGCACGUUGUCUUCGAUGGAAAGGCAGGGCUGUAUGCUUCACAGGACCUUGGUCCUGACAGAGAUUUGCACUUCGAGCUUCAGGAAUCGAAUAUAGGUCCCACUGUCCGGGUGAGGUUCCAAAAGGCUGGCUAUAUUUCUCGAGUUGAUUUCGAAUCCUUUUGCAACCAAGAACAUCAGUCCGAGCUGGCAUUAACUGCACAUCAGAUCCUCAAUCUCCUCUUUCAGAGUUCAACUCCAAACGGAUUUAGGAGAGUGGAGAAGAAGAAUGCUAUGUAUUCUUUGGCCGAUCAAAGGUCUUUGGGGUCGGGAAUCAAAUUCAUUCGUGGAUGUUUCGCGAAUGUACGUUUGGCCCGUGACCAUCUGAUCCUCAACGUUGACGUGUGUACUACAACAAUGUACGAGAGCGACAGGCUCGACAAUGUCGCAAGUCGGUUCUUAGGUUCCAUGGUCAACCUAAGACCAGAAGCACUAGACAGGCUUCUGACACACCUGAAAAACGUCCGCGUACGACAAAUAACAACGGGAAAAACAGGCCGUGUGAGGUCGAUAAAAAAAUUCGUUGCAAAAGCAGGUUUUGAGACCUUUAAGCUAGAUGACGGAACUAAGAUGACUGUCCAGAGGUACAACUACAAAUUAGUUCAUCCAGAAUAUCCAGGAAUAUGCGUCGUAAAAAAGGAUAGAUCCAAUGAGAAUGCAACUAAGAUCGACAUUAUACCAUUCGAGCUGCUCGAAGUAGUCGAAGGACAGUUUUACAAGAGGAAGCUGGAUCCGAUUUAUCAGUCGCAAUUGCAUGAUUUCUCUUCAGCUAGUCCAGAGCAUAGGAGAAGUACUAUUGAGAGAUACCUGCAGGAAUUUUCUCCAAAGAAUCUUGCUUCCAUGGGACUCCGCAUUGACCGUAACCUCCUUUCGAUAGAUGGAAGGAUUCUUCCGCCACCGACCAUAAAGUACACAGGGCAGGAAAUCAUCCCAGAUAGCGGCGGAUGGAAGCUACCCCAUCGGUCCAUGGGUACAUUUCAUAAGCCGUGUAAAAUCGAUGAUUGGGCUGUUCUAUGUUAUGAUCAAGGCAUCACUUCAGAGCAUUGUAUGACCCUUUUACAGAGCCUACUUGUGUGUCUUGGUUAUUUGGGAGUUCAAACGUAUCAGUUAGUACGGGGCUUACCAAGAGCUGUGAUUCAGCUCGCGAAUCCUCAAGGAGACAAGCUGCAGCACAUGCAUGCAGUCGUCAAGCGCGUGCUGAAAAAUCGCGGCGAGAAAGAGCUCAAGAUUCAUUUCUUACUUCUUGUUAUCUUGCCAAUAGGAGGUGGCCCAAUCGUCCAUGACCAGAUCAAGAGGGUCGGGGACACAGUGAAAAGCGGUGGCAUGGUUACACAAUGCCUGGAGUCGGAAAAGCUGAAGAAAGGAUUGAUGGUCCAGGGAUUCCAGGCUCGCAGACCUCCAAGACUUGACCGACAUCUCGAACAGUAUUUAUGCAACGUCAUCCUAAAGAUCAACGUCAAACUCGGAGGUAUCAACUCCGUUCCUACGGGCAACGGACUGGAAUUUAUCCAUCAAGCAAAAAUAAGCGAUGCUACCAUGGUUGUUGGCUUGGAUGUAUCGCAUCCAGCGCCUGGCAGUUUAAGGCCCUCAAUGGCAUCACUUGUCUAUUCUGUAGAUAACUAUGCAAGUAGAUAUUGUGCACUAUGUGCGCAACAGACACCACGGGUAGAAGUUAUCGAAGGGUUAAGGGAGAUGUUCGUUGAAGCAUUACAACGGGUUUGUGAGUUUGUUAGUGUAGAUGUACCUGAUCCUAGUGAUCCGGAGAAAAAGAGAAAGAUAAAAAUCAGGUAUCUACCUGCACACAUCCUUGUGUACCGUGAUGGACUCUCCGAGGGCGAGCUCACGAACGUCUGUAACGAAGAGAUCACGGCUAUUCAAGACACAAUCACGGACGUUUGGAAAGGGGCUCCAGAGGAUGUGAGAAAGGUGGCUAGAGAGGACGUCAAAAUCACAUAUGUUGUCGUCGGGAAGAAGCACCAUAUACGAUUCUUCCCUUUCAAAGGAAAAAAGGAUAGGAGAGCCGACAAUUCGGGCAACUGCCCAUCUGGAUUUGUGACGGAUGAUAGCAGGAUUACGCACCCGAGGAUGUUCGAUUUCUUUUUGCAGUCGCAUGCUGCAUCGAGGCCGGCUCAUUAUAUCGUAAUCAAGGAUGAUCAUGAGUUCAGCUCGGAUGAUAUCCAAUCAAUUACGUUUGGACUAUGCCAUGCAUUUGCCCGUUCCAAUCGCACUGUUUCGAUCCCAGCUCCAGUCUAUUAUGCUCAUCUCAUUUGCGUACGCGCGAAUAUCCAUAUCGAAUAUACAGGCGGGGGAUCUGAACCUGGUUCUGUGGCCAGUGGUAGUGUCGAGUACAAUCCUAAGGAUUGGGAAUUCCUCGGGCUUAACGAGAUGCAGAAGAAUUUGAUGUAUUUCGUUUGA